AUGACUCAAGGAGAUGAUAAGUAUUCCACCAAACUUGUUGAGAAACUGGUUUCUCUGCAUGAGCAGGUCUCCAAGGUAGACUUCACUCCACCUGCACUUUGAAGUUGACUUAUAUACUAUUUUAUUUGAAAUUUAUGCGUAUCAUAUGCUCUUCAUGAUGUUUUAGGAUAUUGGCUUUUAUUGCUGGGACAGUGUCUCCGUAUUAAUUCAUCGUCUGCUUAUACAAUAUAUUAGUUUCUCUUAUAUACCAUAUCAUAGAUACCAUAUAAUUUCACACCCGUGCAGUAUUUUCUGUAAAAAAGUCAACUCUCCCAUGAUUAAAAUCCUUAGGAAUGGACUGGUGCACGCAAACCUCCCACUUCCCCACAUGUUUUCGGGCUUUUGCAGAUGCAAAAUAUAAUUGAAAACCAACAAAGUCAAGAAAAGAUGCUGACGGAAGGUUUGAGUGCUAAGGCCUCAGAAGCUCAGGAUUUAGAAGAUGAGCUGCAGAUAUAUAAACUGAUUGGAGAAAUGGCUCUUGAGGACACUCAAUGCACUGAGAUGUACAUCAUGGAGCUUGGCAAGAAAAUUGAUGCACGAAGCAGUGGCCUUCUGGAGUUGAAGACUCAAUGGUAUGGACUCUACCUAACCUUUUUGUGUUUUGGAAUUUGAUUCAGUGUCUGCUUUGGUGCUGAUCGAGGUCGAUUUUUCAUUCAUUCGUAUCCGGCCCCAUCAUCUUCCCCAGCCGGUAACCUUAUGCAUGAUCGACCCACCCGCAGCUAAUGCUUAUACAAGUCUUGGGGGAUUCCUUUGAUAGAAAUCUACUUUCCACUAUCAACUUUGCCAUAAUACCCUCGGAGAAAGCACAUGAAUUUUAGGAGAGCGGACUCCUUGCUCCAGUAUUUGCAGAACUGGUCGAGGGUCGGCCACUGAUACAUUACGUUGCCGCCCUUGAGGGAUCUCUGGUAGCGCUCCUGGCACAACACAAUGACGAGGAACAAGAUCCUCUCACUUAGGGUUAGAUCUUCCCGGUCAAUGAAAUAGACAAGCAAGCCUGCAGUAUUAGAGAUAUUUACCUCAUUUCGAAGCUCAUUUUUGUGACCUCUGUCUGCUCCUGGGAGAUUCCACAGGACUUGCAUGUGUUAGCUAGAUCGGACUUCCACAAAGGAUCAAUUUAUUUUUCCCACUAUUUUAUCACAUUAUAUUAUAAUCCGUGCUCCCAAACCGACACAAAGUUAGCUACUUGAUGAAAAACGCUUCCCUAAACUCCACAGCAUUCAAAUAACUUAAGUGAUGCCAAUAUGACCCAUAAAACAUAGCCCAAAGAUAUAUUCCUCUUCUUUUGACUCUUAAAUGAUGCAUCCUUGUAACAACUAAUUUUUUACAUACUUUGACAUAAAUGCUUAGGAUAUGCUGAAAACAUGACAUAGAUACUUUCCUUAUGGAACCAUUAUGUGUGCUCUGUCCAGGAAAGCAUGUAGCGCUUGAGAGCUUAAAUAGUUUGUAAAAUCAAAGGAAAUAUCACAAGCUUCCUUUAAAAGAAAUUUAACUCAAGUUAAGUUUAUUGACCAGCGAUUGAUUCCUGCCAUCGUCCAUGAGAAGAUUGCUUUUAGAAAGUCCUUCACUUAAUACUUUACGCUGUUCUAGAGCUAUUUUUGGAAAGUUCAUCUACGGCAGGAGCCCGUUUUGGAAGUUAGUUGAUUUCUGUUUCAAUCUGUCCUAGGAAAGCAUUUGCAAAGUCAUUUGAAGAGAGAAGAGCGCUCAUUGAGCUGGAACUCUAUGGUAAUAAACCAGAUCAACUGGAGAAGCUUCAGCAGUUGAAGGAGAUGGAACUGGAAACAGGCGUCAUCCGUUCAGAACUCCACAAGAGGUGCACUCUCUGAUCCCAUAAAGCAACAGCUGAACAAGUAUCAUUUUUGCUUUGACUGGGCGAUCUAUCGAUUUCUGGCGAACAUGAUGGAUGAUGACGUACACCAAAUCCGAAAUAGGGUUGGUGGGCAAGGAUCUUGUCUGGGUCAUAAUAAAUUCAUCUCCCUGUUUAUUUAUGUCUUCCAUAUAUAUGUUAGGGCAUUUAUCUUCAACCAAAUGUAAAUAUCUUAGUUCCAUGCUGGGUGAGGCUAAGUCUAUUCAGAGCGGGUUCUCCUUCCGUCAGUCCUCUAGUCCAGGGACGACGAGUUUUCUUCUUGCUGGAGCCACAAAUCGCCGCCAGCACUCCGGCAUCGUCCCCUGGCUAGGUAGUUCUACGAUGACUGAGCGCCGAUCGUUCACUGUCUCGUGUCCUCUAGAGUGAUCUUCAUCUGCCAUUCGACAGUAUAUCCGAGUUCAUCAGCAGCAGGUUUGUCAAUGACAUCUUCAAGUUCAUGGGCAUCCUUUUACCUUGCUCAGCAAAUUUAAGAGAUGAUGCCCAAUUUUAGGAAGAUCCUUGAAGACCAUGCAUUCACAUGAACACCAAAAACAUACCAAAAAUGGGAGAACUUUAUAAGUCCAUUUUAUCACAUGGCCAUGCUCAUGCAUAUUUACCCAAGUUUUCUUCGGUUGGGAAAUUAAGAGAUAAUGCAUCCACAUGAACACCAAGACCCACCAAAAAGGGAAGAACUCUACGAAAGCUCAUUUUAUCAAAAAAAUUCUUUUUUUUUAGGUUUAAGAUAGAAAAUUGGGUAAUAUUUAUCAUUUUAGUAUCGUUUUAGUGAUCAUCAACAUACAGGAAGUGGAGGCAAUACGUGGAAGGGUUCAUGGCUCAUUAGUGGUAUAGAAUCUAAGGCGCUCAUGUCCAUGACGCAGUGCCACAUUUGGUAACUUUUAAGCUGUGAUGCAGACAAGAAAGCCUUCUACUUCAGCAUGCCAUUAUCUUAGUAUUUUUCCAUCGAAACAAUCAAAUCCCUGCCCAUUGUCUUAAUUAUUUCUAGGAACUCAUUGCAUCUGCUUGUCUCCUCCCUCUCCCUCUCUCUCUCUCUCUCUCUCUCUCUCUCUCCCUCUCCCAAGAGAAGAGGAGUGCUCCAGGCUUGCCACAGAUCUCGAGAACCAGCCGAAGAUCCCUCUGAGAAGGUCGUACCUUCAGAGGAUCACUGAGAUCACCAGGAACAGCCGUAAGCAGGAUGCGGACAUCGAGCAGAUCAUAAGAGACACCCGCGAGCUGCAGCUGGAGAGCAAUUCCAUCAACGAACGUCUCCACAGGGCUUAUGCUGUGGUCAACGAAGCUGUCUCCAGGUACAUCCAAUGGGCAUUUGAUCCGAAAUGGUCGUUCUUAAUCUAG